GUUAAUUUUGACAGUUGGUCAUCAGAAGAAAACUUUUUGCUUUGCCGCAGAGAAAAUUAAAUUUGCAUCAGAAUUCUUUUGAUUCUUCACGAAUAACGAAUUAAAACACCACUUUUCAGAAUGGAAUCUCCGCCAGCGGACGCGCCCCGGAGCUGCUACGCGUGCCUCCAGCAACCCAGCGAGUUCAUGCCGAUUGCCGACGAAGUCGGACCCAAAGCCGAGCCGCCUAGCACCGCGGAACCGAUCGGUCGGACAUCCUCCUACCGGGGCGAUAUCAUCGCCAAACACUUCUGGUUCGAGAAGGACGACCUCAUGCGGGGCGUGAUCUGCACCAGCUGCUGGUCCAAAAUCGAGGACUUUCACCAGUUCUACAGCGAGAUCGAGCAAGCGCACGAGCACAAGCUCGGCUUCACGGUCGUCCAGAUAAAGCAGGAGGAUGCCGUAGAGGCGGAGGAGGAGAUCGUCGUGGAACCGAUAACUGCGGAGGAAAUGGAGAGGGAGGACGAGGAGAUGGAGUUGAAACGUGAGGAAGUCAAUGUUUCUGAAACUGAGGAUGAUGAUGACGAUGAAGAGGAGGAGGAGGAAGAAGAAGACGAGUUCGAGACGGAACCGGAUCAACCGAAACGGCGAAAACGGAUCAAGAAGAAAGGGACCAAACUAGCGGAACGCAUGGCGAAGAGCGACAGCUUGAUCGCGCAGUUCUGCAAAAUGUUCUGCGACCAGUGCUCGCAGGAGUUUCCCAACUUUAGUCAGCUGUACGCGCACUGCGCCGCCGUUCACCAGCGGAAGCCGGCCGUGUUCUGCUGCGAUCGCAAGUUCAACAACCGGAUCCGGCUGUACGAUCACAUCCAGCGGCACGUGGAUCCGGAUCGGUUUCAGUGCAAGCACUGCAAGCGCGUCUGUUUGGAUCGGGAGAGCUUGAAGAGGCACACGGUUAUGGUGCACACGCCGGAGGAGAACCGGCCGUUCAAGUGCGAUCGAUGUCCAAAGUCCUACACCAUUCAGAACGAGUUCAUCAAGCACGUCAAGUACCACCAGGCGAUGGACACGAAGGAGUUCCCGUGCGGGCAGUGCGAUAAGUUCUUCGGCAACGCUGCCCUGCUCAAGCAGCACAACAAGAACGUCCACUCGACGACGUACGAGUUCGUGUGUGACACGUGCGCCAAAGGGUUCAACUCGCGCGGCCUGUUCACCAAGCACCUGAAAGAGCACGACCCGAAGGUGCGCGCCGAGAAGGCCCAGUGUCCGAUCUGCUUCCAGUGGCUGCUCAAGGUGAGCCUGAGCAAGCACGUGAUGCGGCACAACUCGGGCGGUCCGGUGCGGUGUGACCUGUGCGGGAAGGAGUCACCGAACCUGUUGGCGCUGCGCAGCCACAAGCAGUUCUUCCACAAAGAGGCCAAGUUCGGCUGUAGCGUGUGCGAUAAGGUGUUCAAGCGGGCGAUCAGCCUGAAGGAGCAUAUGGCCACGCACAGCGGAGCUGUACUUUACACCUGUCCGCACUGCCCGAAGACGUUCAACUCGAACGCGAACAUGCACUCGCACCGGAAGAAGAUGCACCCGCAGGAGUGGCUGGACGCGAAGAUGCAGCGGCUGACGAAGCACGAAACCAAAGGGGAGGAGGGGGAGGGGGAAUAAAGCGAUUUGUUGUUUGACUUUUUUUGUUGAAAUUUGAGAGAAAUUCCCUCUUAACGGC